AUGAGAGCUCGACUAGUACCCUUCAUACAAAUUCUUUCCACUUGUCAGGCAAUUGGUCACUCAUCCUCAAACCUACUGCCCGAACUUGUUCUAGAGGAGCAUGACCCCGAGUCUAUGAUACAGUAUCAUGUAUCUGUCCCUACAGAGGUUUCUUCAACCAUUCAGCUAGCGCAUUCGUCAAAGAGUCAAGACUCCACCACCCCCACUCUCGAAUGCAAAGACAUAUAUCUCAAACCCGUUGCAUUGCGUUGUGAUCAUGUACGGGAAGCUUGUAAUACCGAGGAAUACAAUGUCGGGUUACUAAACUAUCUUUCCUUAUACUACUGCUACUUACCAGGUGUUCUAGUUAUGUCCAUUGCAAUUUUGGCUUUAACGGUGAGCUUUGCGAGCCUUGGAAUCACUGCAGCGGACUUCUUGAGUCCAAACUUAUACACAAUUUCGAAGCUUCUACAGCUUUCAGAUCAUCUUGCAGGUCUUACGCUUCUUGCAAUUGGUAACAGCGCAGCAGACAUAUUUGGAACUUUCACGGCUCUCAGCAUUGGAUCCGCCGAAUUGGCAAUUUCCGAAUUACUAGGUGCCACAUUAUUCGUUCUCACAGUCGUUAUAGGCUCGAUAUGUUUAAUCUCGCCGUUUAAAGUACCAGUGUUUCAUUACACUAGAGACAACUUCUUUUAUAUCGUGGUACUCGCGGUAAUCGAGUACGCUCUCGAAAAGAACGAAUUAGACGUGACGAAGGCCUCAAUUCUUAUUGGAAUAUAUGCCAUAUAUGUUCUUGUGGCUGUGUUAAACCAUUCGUGGUUGAAAGUUGCGAAUAGAAAGAGAAUCACGACAGAAAGAAUAAGAAGCACAUUUAAUAUUCCAGCUUCUGACAUACAGGGGGAGACUGACGAGAUCACAUCUGCAGGGUUGCUGCUUCCGGGUAUCGAAUCUCUUGAAGAUAUGUCUGACGAAGAGAGGCAAAUGCUCGAAGAGGUUGAAGGUUAUUUCGCAGCUCAUCCCGAGGAGGAGCUUGAUAUACCCGUACCCGUGCAGACAGGGUCUUACGGUCUCAAAAUCCUCUUAAAGGAGCUUAGCAUGCAUACGACCAAUCUUUCAAACCGUGGGAUGAACUCCAUCAAUUCAGAAGUAGAGGGAAGGAGCCUGGAAGAACCUUUACGCGAAGAGGAAACUCAGAACACCACCUUUUACGAGUCGGCACUGGAAGAAGAAGCAGAAGCAAAUCAACAAUACCAUUGGGGCCUGCAGCAUAUAAAGAGAAAACUUCUCAAGGAGGUGAUCCACUCGCUUGUUCCUCGCUGGAACCAUGAUGACACUACCGUCUCUAAGGUUUUCUUCAUCAUUACUUAUCCAGCGAAAUUAGAGAGAAAGCAAUAG